CCUUAGACCAGACUAUACACCUCGUAUCUUCAGUCACCGUGUCUUUCCUGCCGCCUCCUCAGCCUAUCAAUACUCUCAGAAGCUCUUAGCUGAUAUCUCCGGGGUCCUUACGUUGUCAGAAAUUACGCCCGUGUGCCGUUGAAGGAAUCUGGGAAUAUUCGGCUAUGUUGCGACCCGAUUAUCAGUCAGCAUCCACUUCCCUUCUACUUUUCCAAUGGCCACCAAUAACAGCGGCAGCCCUAGGAUUGUUGUCAUUGGUGCUGGUAUCGGAGGACUGUCUUUUGUUAUCGCAUUGCAGAAAAGAUUUCCUGGAUUCAAUAAUUUAACCGUCUACGAAAAGGCUUCUGAUGUUGGUGGAACGUGGAGGAGUAAUAUUUACCCCGGCUGCUCUUCUGAUGUUGGCAUGCACUUGUACUCCCUGUCCACCGAUCUGUAUCCCGACUGGCAUUACACCCACGGAUACCAACCGGAAAUUCAGAGUUACUGGCAGGAUUUAUCGCACAAAUACAAUCUCUACCCGCAUCUCGUCUUCAAUACGCUCGUCGUCUCGGCAGAAUGGGACAACCAAGAGGAAGCUUACCACAUCGUCACUGAAGACGCGGUGACAGGUGCUCGAUCGACUUCGUCAGCGAAAAUCUUGAUAUCUGCUUUGGGAGUCUUGGAUGUUCCACGGUACCCAAAAAUUUCCGGACUUGAUACAUUCAAGGGCGAGCAGUUCCACUCCGCGCGCUGGAACUACAACAUCGAUCUUCGCAAUAAACGGGUGGCUGUUAUCGGAAAUGGAGCGUCCGCAACGCAAUUUGUUCCCAUCAUCUCAUCUGACCCCACGGUCGAUGUUACAAAUUUCUGCAGAACGCCAAAUUGGUUGAAUCCUCCUAUUCGCUCAGAGUAUAGCCGACUCAGAAGGUUUAUGUUCAAAUACCUUCCUCUUUAUAUGCGGAUGGUCCGUUUUCUUCUGUUUCUGCGGGGAGAUAUGCUGUAUUGGGUUGUUUUUGGGACUCGAUUCCUUCAUAGUGCCAUAAAGAAGGCACGUAUAGAAUAUAUUCGACAAAAAGCGCCAAAGGAAUACCGCGACCAGCUGAUACCUUCAUAUAAACUCGGGUGUAAACGCUUGAUCUUUGACACGGAUUACCUUGCUGCUUUACAUCGUCCGAAUUUAUCCCUGAACUGGGACGGCAUUGAAUCAGUCUUCGAAGGUGGCAUUGUAACGAAGAAAGGAGAAAAGUUGCCCUUUGACGUCCUCAUUUUUUCGACGGGCUUCGUGGCUGAUGAUUACCCUCUGCAUGUCCGAGGACUUUCUCAGACGGUCAAAGAAUACUACGAAUCUGCCGGCGGACCCAAGGCGUACGUUGGAACUACAGUUCCCGGCUUUCCGAACCUUUUCAUGAUAGCAGGUCCCAACACUGCUACCGGCCAUUUAUCAGUUAUAUUUACAGAAGAAGUGCAGAUCAACUAUAUCUUACAACUCCUUAAACCCAUUCUCGAGGGACACGUCUCCUCUAUCAAUGUCACCGACGAAGCGACAGAUGCGUAUAAUGAAAAGAUUCACGCACGGCUGGCUAAAUCUGUCUUUGUCGAUUGCGUCUCAUGGUAUAGGAAGGGUAGUGAUGGGAAGGUAACAAGUAUAUUUCCGGGUUCUGGCUUUCUGUUCUGGUGGUGGUUGCGAAAGGUCGACUGGAGUCAUUAUAAGGUGACUGCGUUGGGAAGCUGGUACCAUCGUCCACGGCGUAUGUGGCUGGUCCCAGUUUCGACAGGUAUUCUUCUGCUAUCGGUGGCGACGCGGUUUGGGGGUUUAGCACAAUCCAAAUGGCUUCUAGCGAGAGUAGGUGUAGUUCAACGUAUGGCGCAGAAGCUGGCGCGGAUUUCCUGGUGAAUAGUUCUAUCUGUAUCUGUUUUGAAUCCGAAUAUGAAUGUCAAUUCUCUUAUAUAACUCGAUUUUCUGG